UCUGCCUGCACCCCGGAGGACUGCACUCGUUUCCUUUUCGGCUGCGAGCGGUCCCGCAGCCGUGGCUGAGCUGGAAGAAAGAUGGCGGCUGCCGUGCGACAGGAUUUGGCCCAGCUCAUGAAUCUGAGUGGCUCUCAUAAAGAUCUGGCGGGCAAAUAUCGUCAGAUUCUGGAAAAAGCCAUCCAGUUAUCUGGGACAGAACAACUAGAAGCUCUGAAAGCUUUUGUGGAAGCGAUGGUGAAUGAGAAUGUCAGUCUUGUGAUCUCCCGGCAACUGCUGACAGAUUUCUGCACACACCUCCCUAACCUGCCGGACAGCACAGCCAAGGAGAUCUAUCAUUUCACCUUGGAGAAGGUCCAGCCCCGUGUCAUUUCUUUUGAGGAACAGGUUGCUUCCAUAAGACAGCAUCUUGCAUCUAUUUAUGAGAAAGAAGAAGACUGGAGAAAUGCAGCCCAAGUGUUGGUGGGGAUUCCUCUGGAAACAGGACAAAAACAGUACAAUGUAGAUUAUAAGCUGGAGACUUACCUGAAGAUUGCUAGGCUGUAUCUGGAGGAUGAUGACCCUGUCCAGGCUGAGGCUUAUAUAAACCGGGCAUCCCUGCUUCAGAAUGAGUCCACGAAUGAACAGUUACAAAUACAUUACAAGGUAUGCUAUGCACGUGUCCUUGAUUACAGAAGAAAAUUUAUUGAAGCUGCCCAAAGGUACAAUGAGCUCUCUUACAAAACCAUAGUGCAUGAAAGUGAAAGACUGGAGGCCUUGAAACAUGCUUUGCACUGCACCAUCUUAGCAUCAGCAGGACAGCAGCGGUCUCGGAUGCUUGCUACGCUUUUUAAGGAUGAACGGUGCCAGCAACUUGCUGCAUAUGGGAUCCUAGAGAAAAUGUACCUAGAUAGGAUCAUCCGAGGGGACCAGCUUCAAGAGUUUGCUGCAAUGCUCAUGCCUCACCAAAAAGCAACUACAGCCGAUGGUUCCAGCAUCUUGGACAGAGCUGUUAUUGAGCAUAAUUUGUUGUCAGCAAGCAAAUUGUAUAACAAUAUCACCUUUGAAGAACUUGGAGCUCUUUUAGAGAUCCCUGCAGCUAAGGCAGAAAAGAUAGCAUCUCAAAUGAUAACCGAAGGACGUAUGAACGGAUUUAUUGACCAGAUUGAUGGAAUAGUUCAUUUUGAAACACGAGAAGCCCUGCCAACAUGGGACAAGCAGAUCCAGUCACUUUGUUUCCAAGUAAACAACCUUCUGGAGAAGAUUAGUCAGACGGCCCCGGAGUGGACGGCACAGGCCAUGGAGGCCCAGAUGGCCCAGUGAGUCCUGGCUGAGCCCCCGCGCACGCUGCAUCGUUGCCCUUCGUGCAGGUUGAUUCGCUGCCCCUCCAAAGCAUUUGCAACAUGACCUUACACACUGCAGUCCUUCAUGCCGAAUCCCAUUUAAAGAAGAUGCUAGAGCAGGGAGUUCAGCGUGUAAGCAUAGUAGUUCCCAUAUAUUCUGGGUCUGUGCAUUAAACCAACUCAGAUACUUUGAAAGUUUGUUCUUUAAGCAGAAGUGAAAGCUCUGUGAUGAAGUUUGGGAUUUGUGAUAACUUUGUAGUUAUAUAAACUUAAGUGCUUUGUGCCUCUCCAAAUGUGGUUAUUCUAAUAAAUGGGGCAAUGAGCCAAAUAAAGAGAACACUUCGUUUUUAA